AGUUGCAUUACUAAACGUCAAACAAUCUAACCUAACAUUUUUGUAAACAAUUAUUGAAUAAUAAUUUUAAUAAUUAUUCCUUAUUUUAAGAUAAAAAGACAUGAACAAUUGAAUGCAAAAUGGAAAAUCUAUAUCCUCCAGAAAAUUACAAUGCCACCGAAGUGAUACAUAUGAAAAAUUACUUUGACAAGUUCAUGAAAAAUUGUUACAUACCAAAAUCGGAAAAAACACAUACCUUGGAUGAAGUACAAACGGUUUUAAAGGAAGAUUUUGGUUUGGCACUGAGCUCUGAAGAACUUAAGAAUCUCGAAGAAUUAUGCACUACAGAUAAGUUGAAACUUCCCGAAGAAAAUCCAGAAUUACCUUUGAAACACGUGCCUAAAAGUCACGUAAUUCCUCAUGUACAUCCCUUAAUACCAGAAGCUAGGAGUUUCCAGACAGUGAAAUGCAAAGAAGAGUUUAAUCAUUUGGCAAAAGAACUUCUCUAUGAAUUAAAAAUUAGAAGAGUCGAAUUUGACCCCAAAGUGGAAGAUUCAGGUUUAGUCAAGGAUUUACAAGUUAGCUCAACAUUUAUCAACACUAUAAACAUUUUCACACCAUUUUCUUCUUGUUCUUCGACAGAAAAUAGAGUAACAUCUGAUGACUUAAAGAUACAGUAUGUAAUUGAAGUAUUAGGCACCAACACACUAUUGGACUUGGCAAAUGCUAUACAGUGCCCUUCGGAUAAUUUUAUUAUCAAAGAAAUUGAGACUACCACCUUAGAUUUUACUGAACAUCUAAAUGCCAAAGAAAAAUAUCCCUCUAGGUGUUUUUUUAUAGAGAACGUAUUUUAUAAUGAUAUGAAACAUCCAAAAGCAAUAGAUUAUUCGGAAGUUGUGAGAAAAUGGGCUAAAGAAAAUAAUAUUGGUGAAUUUAAAACUGACUCAAUGGAGAAUGUGACUUUUGAUAAACUAAAGACACGAUUGGGCUAUGGAUAUGUCUAUAUACAUCAAGGGAAUUGCGAGCAUAUUGUUAUGUUUGCUGACAGUAGGAUUUUACAAAAAAAUGACUGCCUUGUACAAAAAAGAUAUCCUCGUUUAACGUCAAUGAAGAGGACUCAUGGUCGUCACUGUUUCAUCUGUACGCACGAUCAAGCAUUUUGGUGGGUUUGUGAUAGCGAUAGGUUGCCAGUAAGGAAGACCUUUCUUUGCACAAAGUGUCUUCAGUCUUACCAUUACGUGGACGGUCAAAAAGUAGGCAAUUUUAAGCUCUAUCCCUUCCAUAAUGAAAUGAUCUCGUUAGGUUCUGCAGAGAAUGAGGAGGAAGAUGCAGAGAUUUUGUGUGGUGUAUAAAAUUGAUUAUUUGAACUCUUAAGUUGUUAAUUUUGUUACUUUACAUAUAGUAUUUAUAUUUA